AUAUUUUUAUUUCUUCUUACCUGUUGACAUGUAUGUGUACAAACACGCAUAUAUACAUAGAUGCACAUGUGCACACAUGUGUAACAUAUACAUAUGUUUAGAGCAAUAUGUACAUAUUAUAUGUUUGACACUCACAAAAGUGUAUACACGUGCAGCGUUAUUAACGAAAAUCCAGUAAAAAUUCAUAAUGGCUAUCAAUAGGAGGAAAUACUAUUCGUGUGGUGCGUUGAUUACAUGCAUUAUCAGACUUUUGUAUUGAUAAGAUUGGUAGUAUCGGCGCAAAUAUCAGAUUCCGUACGCAGUACUGUGUCGGAACACAGCUUGGAGGUGGUCACGUUGGUAUCGUAUUGAUACGCUUGUUCUCCUGCGGUAGUGCUUUUUCACGCGUUGUUAUUAUGCCGCGUAUAAAAUCGUCCGUACGAAAUUGCACGAUCGUCGCGCCAUUAACGCCGUAUGUUGAAUUAUGUGAAUGCAAGUGACGUUUUAUCAAGUUUUCACUCGCACAGGUGUUCACUCGCUCGUCUCUCUCUCCCUGUCUCUAUAUAUAGGUGUGACAUCAUGAGUCCGUUUUUCCUGGGAUAUUUAUACUUUUACAUGGUGAUGACUUUAUUUGCACGUUUAAACACCCGAUGUGUUUCAACAGAUCCGUCUUACGCGCAAGACAGCACGAUAGAGAAUCUGCAAAAGUACGGAAACUGUACGGCUAAUUGCACACAAUAUGACAUUAAAUCGAGUACGGCGUGCAAUUGCAUCGAAAAUACCCAAGAGGAGGACGGAUGUAUAAUCGACUGUCCGCAGAAAUGCUGCUUCCUCAGCGACUGUUCUUUCUGCCAGCACGCGGAGUGGCAACUGAUGACAAUGACACAUAUCAGUAUUUCCAUAUUAUUUGUGCUUGGUAUUACUGGUUUAAUUUUAAUGUACUGCAAAUUAUGUAGUAGGACAAGGCGGCUGGCGCGAACUAGGUGCUUUAGGGCACAAGGUCCGGACGGCGCGAUGUAUUGCAGUACGGUCGACGGUUUACGGGAGAGACCACCACCGUACAGCGAAGUCUGCGGCGCUCCUCCCCUCUAUGCAUCUCCCUACAACAGGGUAGUUAUUACAACAGUUGCGUUAUUACUCAGACAAUAUAAAUGUCUGCACACGGAGAAAUAUACAAGACGUCCAUGCAGGAUGCUCCUCCGAGAUACCCGAGCACGCCAAAACUUCAGGAGAGAUGCCGGUGCGUCCGGGACAUCGCGCUUUCCUCGCCACCUAUCGCUCAACACAUAUGACGUUACCGAUUCUUACGGACGGAUGUAUAAUACAUAUAAAGCAAUUUUCGCAUUUUGUCUGUAUAUAUUGUUCUCAAUAAAAUUCAGCUUUUGCAGAUUCCUUCUUCUCAGGAAAGACUACCCCAUUCUCGUCGAUUGGCCCUCGAAAGAUUGACCGCUUGUGAGAUAUCGUCUUGUGUAUUAAUAUCGGAUAUUGAUAUCCUGUUUACCCAGGUGUAAUUUAUUGUAAAGUUACAAAUACCGUAAGAGAAAAUAAUGCAAACUGCCAAUUGAAUAGGAUGUGACUGGAUGUCGAAAUUUUAUAUCAUACGAUAAUUAAUUGCUACAUGGAGAAAAUUUUAGAGCAAAAUUUAUUCUUAUGGUAAGGAUUAAUUUUGUUGUAAUAAGAAUUAAAUAGAUAAAACGUGUCUUUUACGUGUGUAAUAAAAAUUAUAUAAGAAUAAAGAAAAAGCGCAUCUGCAAGGUCAUCGGGGAUAGAAAAUAUGCGACAGAGAGUCCCAUGAUUAUAUAAUGAAAAUGUCAUUUAUUUGAUGUGGUGCAAUGAGAGACUUAAAAUAAAAUGGAAAAAUGAAUGUCUGUAUGAGCUGGGUCUUCAAUGAGCGGCGCGCGCAUAUAACAUUCGCUCGCGGGCAGCCACUACCGCCAAUGUACCA